AUGUCAGAGGGUAAUGUGGAUAGCAUCGAGAUAUCUGCCAGUAAUGAUGAGAGGAGGAAUAGGGCCGAUGCCGAGAUCUCGGAGGACGAGCCGAGGCACACCAGGAUGCGGUCUCUGAGGAAGAAAGCCCUGCACGCAUCUACAAGGCUGACACACUCUCUGAAGAAGAGGGGGAAGAGAAAAGUGGACUGCAGAGUGCCAAGGAUAGCUAUAGAGGAUGUCAGGGAUGCUGAAGAAGAGCAGGCGGUGAGCUCGUUUCGGGAGGUUUUGUUUGCUAGGGGCUUGUUACCAGUCAAGCAUGAUGAUUAUCAUAUGAUGCUUAGAUUUUUGAAGGCGAGGAAGUUCGAUUUUGAAAAAGCAGCACAGAUGUGGGCGGACAUGCUGCAGUGGAGAAAGGAGUUUGGUACAGACACCAUUUUUGAAGAUUUUGAAUUUCAUGAGCUAGAGGAGGUCCUGCAAUAUUAUCCUCAUGGUUACCAUGGGGUUGACAAGGAAGGAAGGCCUGUCUACAUUGAGUUGCUUGGGAAAGUUGAACCCAACAAUCUUGUACAAAUUACGACUGUUGAGCGCUAUAUUAAGUAUCAUGUACAAGAGUUUGAGAGAGCUUUCCGGGAGAAAUUCCCUGCAUGCUCAAUUUCUGCCAAAAGGCAUAUAGAUACUACAACUACGAUAUUGGAUGUCCACGGUGUGGGCUGGAAGAACUUUAGCAAGAUUGCGAGGGAUUUGGUGCGUUGUAUGCAAAAAAUAGAUGGUGACUAUUAUCCUGAGACACUACAUCAAAUGUUUAUUGUAAAUGCGGGACCAGGUUUCAAGCUGAUAUGGAGCACUGUUAAGGGACUUCUUGACCCCAAAACGUCAUCUAAAAUACAUGUUCUAGGAACAAAAUAUCAAAGCAGACUUCUUGAAGCUAUUGAUGCAAGCCAAUUGCCAGAGUACUUUGGUGGUUCAUGUUCGUGUUCUAACCACGGAGGGUGCCUGAGGUCUAACAAAGGUCCCUGGAGCGAUCCUUCAAUCAUGAAGCUUGUACAUAGCAUGGAGUCGUUGAAGGAAGUUGGGCAAGUAUCUGAUAUAGAAGAAACAGUUACAGGCUCCGUGAGAUUGCGUGCUCUCAAGUUACCAGAACGAAUUAGUGACACAUCAAAUGCUGAAUCAGGUUCAGAUGUUGAUGAUGUUGGAUCCCCUGUGGCUCCUGAAGAUGUUGAAUAUCCUAGUUUGGCCCCAGUUCGAGAGGAAGCGAGGGAAUCUGGAUCUACAACGUACAGUGGUUCGAUUGGCAUGUCUCAUAUGGCGGAUAAAGCUGUAGGAUCCAACAGGAGAUACAACUCUACUGGAAAUGAAAUUAGGCAGUUCAAUACAGAACAAGGUUCCCUGAUAAAUGGGGGUUUACCUGCACCAGGUCGGCGUGCCCCAAAUGAUGGUGUAGGCAAUGAUGAUGGGUUCUUGAAAUAUAUAUCAAGAAGAGUCGUUGCUGUAUUUCUUAAAGUACUAUCAUUUUUGCGGUUCUUCAUUCGUCGGCGACAACACUUGGAAAACGUUCAUUCACGUACUGCAACUGCACCCAGUAAUCUGGCAGAUCUUCAGACAAUUAAGGAAGAUCGUGUAAAUCCUUGCCUGGAGCGUCUUGAUCGACUUGAGUCAAUGUUUAAUCAGCUGAGCAGAAAGCCUCCACAGCUUCCACAGGACAAGGAUCGGGCCAUACAAGAUUCUUUUAACAGGAUAAAGUCCAUUGAGUUUGAUCUGGAGAAGACAAAGAAGGUAUUGCAUGCAACAGUUAUCAAACAAAUGCAGAUGGCAGAAACCUUGGAAGCUGUAACAGAGCCUGAUCUUAGGGUUGGCAUGGAUAGUGCCCUGAUGUCUGAAAGUGACACAUUCAAGCUAUUUCUGCCUCAGAUAUACUGA